ACUCUACCUACAAGACAACACAGUUUAAAUGUUUCCUAACGAGAAGUAACGAUUAAACAUUGUAAUUUAUUUUAUUUAGAGGGGAAACAAGCUAUAUAUUUUUGUAUCGUGCCGUUAUUAAUAGUGCUAUUCCCGGAAUUCGUAAAGAAUAAGGGGGGAGAAUCGAAGAACAGAAAAGAGAGGAAACGGAAUCCGCGAGUGGCGAAAGAACGCACGGACGCGACGGACAAGGGAAAGUACGUAAAGGAUAAAAAAUAGUGCUAUCGUUCGGCGUAAGCGACGGAAAGCAAAGUGGUGCUGGCAUAUAACGAAGCACGAGUAGGAAGGUAAUACAGUAUACGGAGUCUGAGGUGAUAUUGCGACGCCUGACUAACGACGAAGACGGUCACAAAGGCGCCGCCGCGGACCACAACGGAAAGAUCGACGAGGAAGCAUCGUACGAUAGCAGACAGAGCGCGCUGAGGCUCGCGCGCGCGGCUCCUCGUCCCCUUCGCACCGUCCGUCCAAUCUUUCUCUCUCUCUCUCUCUCGCUCUUGCUCUCGCCCCUCCUUUCCUCCGUUCGUACCUCCAUCGCCCUUUCCACCGUCCUCCUCCCCCACUCCUCGCCACGGUGCAAAGUGAUUUAUCGUUCUCGCUCGUCGCGUUCGGUUUCGUCGGUGCGUUAAAGGCUCUAUUGUGAUCCCCGUAACCAUACGCGCCGUACCACCGACGUCUCUUCUUCCUCCUUUACCCUGCACCAUUCCCGAUUUCGUCUCUCCAGACGAUAGCCGUCCAUCCAGCCGGUGGCGAGCCACCGCGCGUCUCGUCUCGUCUCGUCUCGUCUCGUCUCGCCUCGCUCGUCUCGUCUCGUCGCGUCUCGUCCAUUACCGUCCUCCACCUCCUCCAUCUUCUCCUCCAUCUCUGGCAGUGUUGCCUCCCCCUCUCACUACUAGCUCGACUGUAUCCCCCUCUUCUGGCGCGAUUCCUUCCCCCUCCCUCCCCUCUCCUUAUUAUCGGCCGUGCGAUCAGGGGGAGUACGACACGAGAUAUACGACAUUCCGCCGAGCCGUGCGACGGUGCUCUCGGCCGCGUCGUGGCGCGCGUGGCAUCGAAGGGUGGAGGAGAGCGGGCACGUGAAGCAGCCGCAUCUUUUCCGUGUACGUAGAAAGCAGCAGCGAAGCCGAGGAAGGUGCGCCCAAGGAGCUGUUUCCUGCUAUUGCUGUCAGGGAGGGAGAAGGGGAGGAAGAGCAACGAGGCUCGUCGGCGACCGAUUUGCCAAGACGAAGUGCACGCACUCGCAGCGAUAGUUAGUAGUGGCACGGCAACCACCACACCAUCGUCACCACCAUCGUCAACAUCUUCGCCACCUUCUUCAUCAUUACAACUGUUAUUACCGCUACUUACUACGACUACUACUACUACUACGUUACUACCAGUACUACUAGUUUAGUACUACUACACAGCUACAGUUACAACCACUAUUACCAGAGCAUCGUUGUUCCAAACCUGCUAGGAACUACAUACCGCUAGCAUGUCCGUCAGAAUGGAAAACGUUGCCGCGCCGAGAAAACUCAACUACAAGAUGAUGGGGACAAACGGUCCACGGCCAACAUACGUCGGCGCUAACAACGGUAACGCCGGUGGAGGCGGUGGAGGCGCCAACGCCGGAGGCGUGGGCGUGGGUCCUACGAGCGGCGGCGGCGGCGGCGGAGUCGGUGGCGGAGGCGGCGGUACUACGGCUGGUAGUGGCGGCGGUGGAGGUGGCCACGGGGGCGGCGCUGGCGCCGGCGCCGGCGGCGGAUUGAAGGGCAACGCGACGGGAGGAGCGGCCGGGGGCGGCGGUGGAGGUGGUGGUGGUGGCGGCGGUGGUGGCGGUGGUGGCGGUGGACCACGAGGAGGGAAUCCGGUGCAGUACCGAGCGAGCGGCGCCGCCGCAGCAGCUUGGGGCGCGGCGCCGUCGCACGCCGCCGCGGCUGCGGUGGCAGCAGCGGCCGCCUAUCCGCCUUACACCCGCUAUCCGAGUGCCGCCGCGGCGGCUGCCGCAGCGGCACAGGUACCGGUCGGUGCGCAACCGUUACCGCCCUCUGCCAACCCUUACGCCACCGCCCCCUACGCUCAGCACGUCUCGGCACGGUGCAGCGCUGACGCGGGGUCACGGUCACUCCGGCAAGUGUCGUCAAACUGCAAGCGAAACAAAUUUCCCAGAGACUAUGGUGGACAACGGGUACCUACAGCCUCGUCACCAGCCAAUACUACCAGUAGUUCUAGCAGUGCCACUGGCAGUCAAAGCGGGGCAAUGAGCACAAGUAUGAGUAAUAAUGCUAUGCAAGGGCAGCAGGCGGAACAGUUAUCGAAAACAAAUUUAUACAUACGUGGCCUCAACCAAAAUACAACAGAUAAAGACCUUGUUAAUAUGUGUUCUCAGUAUGGAACUAUAACUUCCACAAAGGCAAUAUUGGAUAAAACAACAAAUAAAUGUAAAGGUUAUGGCUUUGUAGACUUUGAGUCACCGGUGGCGGCAGAGGGUGCUGUGAAAGCACUGGUCGCCAAGGGCAUCCAAGCGCAGAUGGCGAAAGUGGGUAUCUGGUUGCUCCGUAGACUGGCAAGUGUACGUUGGUUGUGCAUGCAACAACAGGAACAGGAUCCUACAAAUCUGUAUAUCGCAAACCUGCCAUUGAACUUUAAAGAAAACGAUGUUGAAGGAUUACUUCAACAAUAUGGACAAGUCAUCUCGACUCGCAUUUUACGCGACACCUCAGGACAAAGUAAGGGUGUUGGAUUUGCAAGAAUGGAAUCCAAAGAAAAGUGUGAGCAGAUAAUUCAAAUAUUUAAUGGAAAAGCAUUACAAGGAGCUAAAGAUCCCUUGUUAGUUAAAUUUGCUGAUGGUGGUAAUAAGAAAAAAUCAAUGUAUAAAAGUACAAUGUGGAGAGACACUGGAGAAAAUAUGACUAUGAAUUAUGAUGCAAGUGGAGUUGGUCAAAAUGGUGUUGCUACAGCUCAUAUGUUACCUACAGCAACUUUAACUCAAUAUGGUCGUCAUUAUGGUCAAGCUGUCCCUGGCUAUAGCGUACCAGGAGCUCCUUGGGUCACACCAUACCUCGUGCAGCCCGCGCCUCCUCAUAUGCAACAGGUCGACAUGAUGCCAUCUGCCGACCCUAGUAAUCCUCAAUACAGUAUAAUUCCUCAGCUUACAACGCAAAUGUCUACAAUGCAUCUUGGCACUGGUUCCUAUAUAGCAAGUCCUCAUCCCUAUUCUUAUACUACUUAUCCUCCACCUAGCAUUAUCCAUCCAAUACCACUGGGCGAUUCUGAACAGACCAGUAAUGCAGCAUCUCCUGAUGAUUCUUACCAACAGUACCAAGCUCAGCAGCCCAAGUAGGAUACGGUUUAUAGAUACGAAUAUGCUGAGGGCUACAUAAGUUAGAAACGAUACACAUGCUGAACACAAGGGAUUAUUAUUAACGAAGAAUAGAAUGAGAUAAAUACAUAACAUAAAGUCAGAUAAGAUUCUUCCUCAUGAUAAAUUGACUUGCCAGCCAUCUUUUAUACAUUUUAUCCAUCAGCUAAAUAGGUGAAAGUAGUUAAUAUUUUGCAACGAGUCAAGAAAGGAUAUUGACGUAAUAUGGGGUAUGAGACUGGCGUGUCUUCUACAUGUUCGACACUAGUUCGACUCUUUACACUGUACCAGCACAUCAUACGACAGUGACAAACUGAUAUUUGCAAUGAACAGUUUAGUGUCAAGCUGAUAGGCUUCCAGGAUAACUUUAGGUAUUACAUAUACUAAGGAGACUAUGAGUCGAAGCUGAAGGCUCGAGAAUGUGAAUAAAUAUUUUAACAAAAAUGUAAACUAUGAAAACGCUGCUCAGAAAUAUACGAAAGAGAAUUCUUCCCAAGA